GGGCUGGGCGGGCGCCCCCGCGGCUCUGCUGCGCUCGGUGCGCCGCCUGCGCGAAGUGUUCGAGGUGUGCGGCCGCGAUCCCGACGGCUUUCUGCGCGUAGAGCGCGUCGCGGCGCUCGGACUGCGCUUCGGCCAGGGCGAGGAGGUAGAAAAGCUUGUGAAAUAUUUGGAUCCCAACGACCUUGGGAGAAUCAACUUCAAGGACUUUUGCCGGGGAGUGUUCGCCAUGAAAGGGUGUGAGGAACUGCUGAAGGACGUGCUGUCCGUGGAGAGUGCAGGGACACUGCCAUGCGCACCUGAGAUCCCAGACUGUGUGGAGCAGGGCAGUGAGGUCCCAGGCCCCACCUUUGCCAAUGGCGAGCUCAUCUCCAGGGACCCUGGCUUCUUUCCUGAGGACGAAGAGGAGGCUAUGACACUGGCCCCACCUGAGGGCCUGCAGGAGUCAGACAUGGACAGCCCCAUGGAGAGCACCCAGAGCUUGGAGGGGUCAGUCGGUAUUCCAGCUCAGGAGAAGGAUGUGGGGCUUGGAGGCCUGUUUCUGCCAGAGGACAAGUCUCUGGGCCACACUCCAUCCAUGACAACGUCAGACCUCUCCACACACUCCACUACCUCGCUCAUCAGCAACGAGGAGCAGUUUGAAGACUAUGGGGAGGGAGAUGAUGUGGACUGUGCCCCCAGUAGCCCCUGUCCCGAUGAUGAGACCAGGACCAACGUCUAUUCAGACCUGGGGUCUUCGGUGUCUUCCAGUGCAGGGCAGACACCUAGGAAGAUGCGGCACGUGUACAACAGUGAAUUGCUGGAUGUGUAUUGCUCUCAGUGCUGUAAGAAAAUCAACCUGCUGAAUGAUUUGGAAGCUCGGCUGAAAAACCUAAAGGCCAACAGCCCCAACCGAAAGAUCUCUAGCACGGCCUUUGGACGGCAGCUCAUGCACAACAGCAACUUCAGCAGCAGUAAUGGCAGCACUGAGGACCUGUUCCGGGACAGCAUUGACUCUUGUGACAACGACAUCACGGAGAAGGUGAGCUUCCUGGAAAAGAAGGUGACAGAGCUGGAGAAUGACAGCCUGACCAAUGGGGACCUGAAGAGCAAACUGAAGCAGGAGAACACCCAGCUGGUACACAGGGUGCAUGAGCUGGAGGAGGUGGUGAAGGACCAGGAGGCCAUGGCUGAGCAGGCCCUGGAGGAGGCGGCGCGGCGCCACCGCGAGGCCUACAGCAAGCUGGAGAGAGAGAAGAGCACCGAGGUCGAGCUGCUCAACACAAGGGUACAGCAAUUGGAGGAGGAAAAUACAGAGCUUAGAACGACAGUGACUCGGCUCAAGUCACAGACAGAGAAGCUGGAUGAGGAACGGCAGCGCAUGUCUGACAGGCUGGAGGACACCAGUCUGCGGCUCAAGGAUGAGAUGGACCUGUACAAGCGCAUGAUGGACAAGCUGCGGCAGAACCGCCUGGAGUUCCAGAAGGAGCGGGAGGCGACACAGGAGCUCAUUGAAGACUUGCGGAAGGAGCUGGAGCAUCUGCAGAUGUACAAGCUAGACUGCGAGCGGCCGGGCAGGGGCCGCAGUGCAUCAUCUAGCCUGGGCGAGUUCAAUGCCAGGGCCCGCGAGGUGGAGCUAGAGCACGAGGUCAAGCGGCUCAAGCAGGAGAACCAUAAGCUGCGGGAUCAGAACGACGACCUGAAUGGACAGAUCUUGAGCCUUAGCCUCUACGAAGCAAAGAACCUCUUUGCCACUCAGACCAAAGCCCAGUCUCUGGCUGCGGAAAUAGACACAGCUUCGCGCGAUGAGCUAAUGGAAGCCCUGAAGGAGCAGGAGGAGAUCAACUUCCGCCUGAGACAGUACAUGGACAAGAUUAUCCUCGCCAUCCUGGACCACAACCCCUCUAUCCUUGAGAUCAAACACUGAGACAAGAGGGCUGGCUGCGGAGCAGCUUCAGGACCCAGGGACCAAGGGGCAAGACCCUGCCUGAGGAUGCAGGCCCAGGCCUGGGCCUUACACUCACGCUGUAAAUGUACCUUUGGCC